GUCAGACAUUUCGGCAGUAAGACCAACAUCAUAUCCAACAGCGCAUAUAUAAAUAUAAAUACAGUUAAUUGCGAAUUCAAUUUCAACGAAUCUUGGAGGGUAAACGAUUGAGGAAGACGAAGAUGAGGAUAUCUCUACAGGUAGUUCCUCCAUUACCCUCCCUAUCAAUCUCCGAUUUCAGCUUCCCCCAAUGCUUCACACCCAUCAAAAACCCUACUCUCGCAAUCCUCAAUUUCAACCCUCUAUCAAAAACCCUUCGAUUCAAUCCCACCCACUUCACACCCACCUUGAAAACCCCUAAUUUUCUUGGGUUUAAUCGCCUGUGCUCCAAAACCCGGUUUCGCAGAGUGAAUUGCAACUCGGCUGAUGAAACCAAGGCGGUUUUGGACAAAGAAAGUGGCGGCGGUGGUGGCGGUGGCGGAGACGGUGGAGGAGACGAUGACAAGGUGGCUGAGAAAAAUGGGUUUUUGCCAGAAUGGUUGGAUUUUACUUCGGAUGAUGCGAGAACUGUUUUUGCGGCGAUUGCAGUGUCGCUUGCGUUUAGGUCGUUUGUGGCUGAGCCUAGAUAUAUUCCUUCAUUGUCUAUGUAUCCAACAUUUGAUGUUGGGGAUCGACUUGUUGCAGAGAAGGUAACUUACUAUUUUAGAAAGCCAUGUCCGAAUGAUAUAGUGAUUUUCAAAAGCCCUCCAGUCCUGCAGGAAGUAGGAUAUACUGAUGAGGAUGUCUUCAUCAAAAGAGUUGUUGCAAAGGAAGGUGAUGUUGUGGAGGUUCGUGGAGGUAAGCUAAUUGUGAAUGGGGUUGUAAGAAACGAAAACUACAUCCUUGAAUCGCCUAAUUAUGACAUGUCACCAAUUCGUGUUCCAGAGAACUCAGUCUUUGUGAUGGGCGAUAAUCGUAAUAACAGCUAUGAUUCACACGUAUGGGGUCCCCUUCCUGCCAAGAAUAUCAUAGGAAGAUCUGUAUUUCGAUAUUGGCCCCUGACUAGGGUUGGUGGGACAGUUCUUCCAGAGGGCUGUGCUGUUGACAAGCCGGAGAGCACUUUAGCAUCCCAAUGAAACCUGCUUCUGAUUACAUCAGUAGGUUGGAGAUGCAUUAUCAGGCUGUUAAUGCCAUCUUUUUUGUUUUUUGGUUUUUUUUUUAUUGUCUUGUCUUUUUUUUUCCUCAAAAAAAUCUCACAAUGUUCGCCAUUCCUCCUGUAAAAUAUAUUAUUUAUCCGAGAUAGAGAGAAAGAGGACAUUUCUUUAGACGGCUCAAUUUCUUGAGGUUUCAUGUGGUGAUGUAAUUGUACAUUGACCCUUUAUUAUCUUGGAAUAUAAUGAGAAAAUUCUCUC